AUGUAUGUCAAUCCAUUCGUCUCUCUUUUGCAGGAAACCUGUUUCAUCCAAUGGAUAUUUUAUCCUUUAUUGGAAGUUCUCUUUUAUCUACUAUAUAUGACAUGCUAUCAGAAAAGUUGAAAGAUUAUCUAAGUGAUCAGCUACGGAAUUCAGAUGAGGAAGUACAUCCCGAGAUGGAACAUUGGAAGAUUUUAUUGCCCAAAAUCACUGCUGUACUUCAACAUGCAGAAGAAAAUCAAGUUACCAACCAGUUCAUGAAGUUACAUCUUGAUGAUCUUAAGGACUUGGCUUAUGAUAUGGAGGACAUACUUGAAGAGUUUGUGAUUGAUGCAAAAUCUAAAGUCGACACCAACAAGGGGCAGAAAGGCAAAUCCAAUCCCAAGAAUUUAUUUAGAUCUAAGGCCAAGCCCAAUCAAGAGAUCAAUUCCAUGGUGAAUCAUCUGAAUGUUAGAUUACAACGUAUUGAAAAGGAGAUGGAUACUUUGGGCUGUUUCAAUUUUACCAUGAAAGUUGAAGAUAAGUCUCGCAAAGUAGCUACUGAAAGACUACUUGAGUCUGCUCUUCUUAAAGAUAAGGUGUGGGGGCGAGGUAGUGAUAGAGAUACUAUUAUCCAGAGGUUGCUGGAAGAUGGAGGUAGUCUUGAAGAAGACUUUGUUAUUCCCAUUGUCGGAAUGGGUGGACUAGGCAAGACAACUCUUGCUCGGUUCAUCUACAAUGACAAAAGAUUGGAAGGCAAGUUUGACUUGAAGGCAUGGGUUUGUGUUUCUGAUGAGUCUGAUAUUCCUCGAAUAACAAGAAACAUUUUAGAAUAUGUAACUGAGGAAAAGUAUGAUUUUGAAAAUUUUUCUUUACUUCAAGAGAAAUUGGAUAGCAAGUUAUCCGGGCGCAAGUUUUUUCUUGUAUUAGAUGAUGUUUGGGAUGAGCAGUGUAAGCAGUGGAGUGUCUUGAAGAAACCUUUGAUGUCAGGAGCACCUGGAAGUAAAAUAAUUGUCACAACUCGAAGCGAGGAAGUUGGUAAGAAAAUGGGAAAAGAUGAUGGAAUUUAUUGUUUAAAACUGCUAGAAGAUGAUGCAUGUUUGUCAUUAUUUACACAACAUGCAUUGAGAGCAAACAACUUUGAUGGGCACCCACAUUUAAAAGAUAUUGGUGAGGAACUUGUUAGAAAGUGCAAAGGAUUGCCAUUGGCAAUAACAACCCUUAGUGGCCUCUUGCGUGGGAAGCCACAUCCUGUUGAAUGGGAAUCCAUACUAAACAAUGAGAUAUGGCAUAUAUCAGAAAAUAGAAGUGAAAUUCUUCCUGCUCUAAGAUUGAGCUAUAAUCAUCUUCCUUCUUACUUGAAGCCAUGCUUUGCUUAUUGUGCUUUGUUCCCUAAAGACUAUGAAUUUGACGAAAUGGAGUUGAUCCAAUUAUGGAUGGCUGAGGGCCUAUUACAGCGAGAGUCACAUGGAAAGAAGCAAAUGGAAGAGGACAUUGGUCACCAAUAUUUCCAAGAGUUGUUAUCUAGAUCACUCUUUCAAUCGUCAAGCAGAGUUGAAUCACGGUUUGUGAUGCAUGACCUCAUAAAUGAUUUAGCUAUAAAUGUUGCUGGAAAAAUGUAUUGCAAUCUUGGAAGUAGCAUGGAUGAUGAAAAAUUAGAGAAAGCUCGUCAUUUGUCAUUCACUCCACACUUCUUUGAACUCUCAGAAAGAUUCAGAGUCUUGGAUGAAUUGAAGCAUUUUAGAACAUUCUUGCCACUAAGAGCACUGAAUGACAAUCGAAAGAUCUCCUUUCUAUCUAACAAAAUCUUGCAUCAUUUCCUACCAACUUUAAAUCGCUUAAGAGUGCUAUCUCUUCGCAGCUAUCAAAUAAAGCUUUCUGAGUUGCCUACAACAAUUGGAAAUCUAAUUGAUCUCCAUCAUCUUGAUAUCACUGAUACGCCAUCUUUAAAGGAGAUGCCAUCAGGAAUAGGCGAUCUUAAAAAUCUUGUAAUAUUGUCCAAAUUUAUCGUGGGAAAGGCAAGUGGAAUGAUGAUGAGAUUAUCUGCUUUGAAGAACUUAUCACAACUUCGAGGAACACUAUCUAUUCUAGAUCUGGAAAAUGUUUUGCACGUUCAAGAUGUUGGGGAAGCCAAUCUAGACAAGAUCCAUGGUUUGGAAGAGUUAGUCUUCAAGUGGGGAUGGAUUGUUCUUGAUAACGAUCGACAUGAAUCAGUACUCAGCCAAUUAAAACCUCAUUCAAAUUUGAAAAGUCUCAAAAUUUCUCACUAUGGUGGCAAGAGUUUCCCAAAAUGGGUUUGUGAUCCAUCAUUAUUUUUGAAGUUAUCAUCCAUGGAGCUCAGCUAUUGUCAGAGAUGCACUUUGUUACCAUCCUUUGGCCUACUACCUGUUCUCAAAAAAUUGAUUAUUAAAAGCAUGACGGCAAUAAAAGCAGUGGGUCCUGAGUUUUAUGGGCAGCAUGACUCUUUUCGAUCACUAGAGAAAUUGAAGUUUGAACACAUGUUAAAUUGGAAGGAAUGGACUUCUCCAACUGGAAGUGAAGGUGAAUUCCCUUGUCUUCAUAGGCUUGUGAUUCAAGAUUGUCCUAAGUUAGGCCAAUUACCUAGCAACCUUUCUUCACUUAAAGAGUUGACUGUUGAGUGGUGCAAUGCAAUGCUACCUACCAACUUUUCUUCACUUAAAGAGUUGACUGUUAUAGGGUGCAAUGCAAUGUUUUUGAAGAAUUGCGAGGAUCUUACUUGUCUGUGGGAGGAAGGGGCAGAAAUAGAACAAAACCUCUUGCCUUUCAAUCUUAAGCAUCUUAGCCUUUGGGGAUGUAGAGCUUUGGAGUCAUUACCUAAUGCAAUUAUGAUGGAUGACAGUAGUAGCAGCAACAGUAGUAUGUUGAUGUCAAGACUGGAAAAGUUGAAAAUUAGUGGUUGUAAUUCUCUGAAGUCUUUUCCAAGAGGCAAAUUACCCAUCCCGCUUAAAUACUUGAUAAUAGAAGGUUGUAGAAGUCUUGAGUCUCUACCGGAUGUCGAUGGUAACAAUAAUAAUAGCAAUCUACAUUUGGAAAUAAGGAAUGUUCCAUGCUUGUAUUCUUCUGAGGAUUGUCAUCAGCCACCGGCUUUUCUCAAGAAAUUUGAAGUUAGAUCCUGCGACUGGUUGGAAUCAUUUCCAGACAGGAUGCUGCAGCAUUGUACAGGACUCCAAUCUAUUAAUAUUUACAGCUGUAAAAUAUUGAAAAGUUUACCCUCCCUUGCUUGCAUCACCAAUCUCAUUGAAUUAUCUAUUUAUCACUGUGAAGCUUUAGGGUCCUUACCAGAAGAGUUGGGAUUAUGCACACCCAAUUUGAAGGAUCUGAAAAUAGGAUCGUGUCAGAAUUUCAAAUCCCUCCCAAAUACGAUGUACCAGCUGAAAUCUCUUCAAAUUCUAUGGAUGCAAAAGUGUUGCGGCAUCGAGUUCAUUCCAGAUGGGGGUUUGCCCCCAAACUUAACCGAGCUUCGAUUGUGGUGUAAGAAUCUCAAGCGGCUGCCGAAUACAAUGUACCAGCUCACAUCGCUUAAGCAUCUAACAGUCUCAGGUGGGGCUUUGAUGUCUCUUCAACGGUUGACAAUUGCGCAGAAUUCCCCUCUGGAUAUUGUGCUGCCUUCUUCUUUAACCUGCCUUGAGAUGGAGUCUGAAGAAAAUUUGGAAUCCAUACCUGGGGGGCUCUUCCAAAACCUAAGCUCCCUUCAAGAGUUAUGGAUACAUAACUGCCCGAGGCUACAAUCUUUGCCGAGGGAAGCCUUCCCUCCUUCGCUUGGGCGACUGCAGAUCAGCAGGUGUCCGCAUCUAAAACGACAGCGUUUUGAGGAGAAAGGAGACUACUGGACUCUCACAUGGAGCAUCCCAAACGUUUGGAUAUAUGAGGAUGUGUAUGAGGAUUAUUAGUUGUGAGCUAGCUACAACCAAUUGUUGAGUUAAACAAAGCCAAGCCACUCCUCAAUGUUACUGGUACUUCAUUCAUUCCCUGGAUUAAUCAACUUUAUAUUAUUAUCUACUAUUUAUUAUCUACUAUAAAUUUAUUUUCCUCUGAAAACAUGCAUGCAUUCAGUUGCCUCAAAAAUGGCUUACGCUUUCAGAUUAUUUUGAAAGGGGAUGAGUGGUUGGCCUUGGCAUUAUGGAAAUUCACAACCACCAAGGAGCUCGCUGCUUGCAAAAUGAUGUUCUUAGGCAAUCCAACCAAUUUCAAUUUUAAAUUCAAUUACUGUAGGAGCUAAUGUUUUCCAUUCUGAAGAAUUGGGAAGAUUUUUGAAACAAGGAGUUGCUGAUGUUGAAAUGAGGUUUUUCUGUAAGCUAGAACUGGAAUGUGGAUGACCUUUGUUGAAUUAAGCAAGCUUUUAAUUUGACUAAAUCAAGCUGCAGUUUUACAAGUUUUUUAUUCAGGAAAGCAUAACUUACCCUGUAAGUAUCUAAACUACCUCUUCAAAAUUGUAUUGUGAUGCCUACUUGGUUUGCUAUUUUUAUUGUUUAGGACAAGGAAUCAAAACUGAUAUGUUAGGCUAUCUCUAUGCUUCAUUUUACUUAAGCAAAGUUAUACAUUUUGAUGAUGAUAUACUAGUCUAUUCCUCUACCAUCUGUGAUGUUAGUUGCCUUAGAAUUAAAUUAUUAUUUCCCGU